AGCUCGGCGAGGUCGGUGCCGGCAUGGAAAUAACAGCACUGUGUGUGCCCUCCCCUCCUCUCCUUCUGCUCUCGCUCACGAACCGCUCGUAGCGCUCUUCAGCGCCUUCUGAAAGGAAACCCGGGCCCGUUUCUCCCCAGGGCAGCGCAACGCUCUGAGACAAGCUUUUGUCCAGGCAGCUGGACUGGGAUGGGCCGCGUGGGUCCCUUCCAUCCUGUAUUCUGAGAUAGUCUGUGAAUACAGUGCUCUGCAGUGCUGUUGUGCCCAGCCAGGCACCCUCCCCGAGCCCCCAUACAUGCUUUGAGCCAGCUACAAAGUGAGUUCACAAGCUGUUCCGUCAUACGAACAUUGCUCACGAUAUCCCAAACACGCAAGUGCAAGAGGAGAGGAAAAACAAGCUCUUAAAAGCAGUCCACAACAUGCUGAACUCUCCCAUACUUCCUUGGUACUGAAACAUUUCAGUGGACCUUGCGAGUACUGUUCUAGUGCAGUAACCUUUGUCUUUCCAAACUAUAGGUCAUAACUCCUCAUAGCUGCCCAAACAGCAUUUUUGCCUCUCUUAACCUGAGAUGCAGAAAACAUCUUUAUCAGGCUGUAUUUGGACCUCUGAAGCCCGGUGAAGGCACAAAAGGUAGAGAAGAGGUCCAAAUUAAAACUUCUUUUCUCAGGGAACUUGGAAUGGGCCUGGAAGUUGUGAUCUUUGGCAGUUAAAGGCAGAAGGUGGGAAUCAGGACCUCUGAACAUGAAUUAAUUAGUACAAAUGAAAUCAGUAAUACUUCAGGUGACAACUGUGACUACUGACAUCUCUUCCCACUACAGAGCUGGCUGACUUAAGCUUCUGCUCCUCUGACUCCUGAUGAUUUCCAGGCCCAUUCCAAGUUCUCUGAAAAAACCAGUUAGUUUUAGUUUGGAUCUCUCCUCUGCCUUCCUGCUCACAGGUGGAAGAGGAUUCACCCUGGUGCUGUGAGGGCACUGCAGUCCAGAUGGAGUGGGCACUGCCUCUGGAGAAAAGCUAACCCACUCCCCAUCAGUAAUGAAGCUCAGAGAGCAGCUUUGGAAGUGGUGAAAAGCGUGGCUCAACAGAGAGCCUCCACUUUUCACCAGAGCAGCCUGCCCUCGGGAGGAGUUGCUGGAACCCCCUUCUGGAGCACAUCUGACUGCUACUGCCACGAGGCCCCAGCCAGCCAGCCACAAUGUACUGCCUUCAGUGGUUGCUACCUGUCCUGCUCAUACCCAAGCCCCUCAACCCAGCACUGUGGUUCAGUCACUCAAUGUUCAUGGGAUUCUACCUGCUCAGUUUUCUCCUGGAACGGAAACCUUGCACAAUUUGUGCCUUGGUCUUCCUGGCAGCUCUAUUCCUCAUCUGCUACAGCUGCUGGGGGAACUGCUUCUUGUAUCACUGCACAGGAUCCCAGUUGCCGGAAUCAGCUCAUGAUCCCAACAUAGUGGGCACCUAGAGAAUCAUAAUCUUCCAGUCUGCUGAGGGCUCUUGUUUUGCUUUUAAAAAGGGGGUGGGGCUGGGGAGGAGGGGGGUGUUGGGUAUGGGACUGGAGUAAGGACAGCCUGUUUCCUGUAACUGUGUGGACUAGAGUGGCAAAUUCUUCCCACUCUGCCUGUGAAAUUCGACUCGUUUACUGUGUGAACUCUGGCAGCACCACCUGCUUUUUUAGAAGCAGAAGUCUUUUUUUUUUUUCUUUCCCGUAUCACCGGGAACAGACACCAGCCCUCUCAACUGAGAACUGCAGGAAGCCUGAGCCUGCAGCCCCUGCCCAGCUGAGAGUGCUGCAGUUGUGUGUCACUUGUCUGCAUUAGGCCAUGGUGGUCUAACUCAGGGCUCUUGGCCCACUGGUCCUGCUUGAAUAGCUACAAGAUUUUCUCAGUCUCUCUUUGUGGGGAGCCAGCCUUCCCACCUUGCUGAUCAAGGGCAAGUGCAACAGCUCACAAAUGGACUUGGCCAAAAGCUGCUGGAGCCAGAGGCAGUUGAGUCAUCUCCUCCUGCUCAGCCUGCCAAAGAGAUGUGUGCACUGCUGAAGUGCUUUCUGAACUCCGAAUGCUCCAAGAUCCCAGCCUGAAAGCCUCAGUUAUGCUGCUGCUUUUAUAAAGCCUCACAGGAGACUGUCUCUUCUCCUCCAUGUCCUGGGUUUACCAAGGUGUUGACAGUUGGGAUAAAGAAUUGGCAUGCUGCAAGACACAGGGUUUGGAAGCCAGUGUGAACUUCACCCUACAAAACUCAUGCUAGCCUGAGAGGCUGGGUGUAGGCAGGGCAGGAGAGGACCCUGAGGUGGAGGCAUGGCUUGAAGCAGUAAAUGCUUCAGCCAUUUUCAGAGAUAAUGGUUUUGGGCCUGAGGUGACAGAAGGUGCUGGUGCUACUGACUAGCAAAAAAAUGCCUGGUUGUCUCCAGCUUCCCUGGCAGAAGGAUGUCAAGAAUCCAAGGUGGUGGUGCGUCAGGCCUACAGCCUGGGGCAGAGGUUGGUUUGUGAGAAGCCUUAGAGGUUGACAUAAAACACUUAUCUCUAAACUUUGAAGGUUUCCCUCCCCUUUGCCAUCUGUUUGUCUUUCCUUCAGUCUCCUGGUGGACAGCAGCAGAAGUGGCUGUUGCUGUCCUGAGGCAGUUCAAGCUAUGAGGUUGUGAAACUUCCAGAGUAUUGUUUGUUCAUUGCACAGCUGUUCAAAAUGUUUAAUAAAGCUUUAUAAACUUUGGUC